AUGGCUCCGAGAGUAAUCGUCGUCGGUGGUGGAUUGUCCGGCUUGAGUGCUGCGCACACAGUCUAUUUGGCCGGUGGCAAUGUAGUCGUUCUUGACAAGCAAGGUUUCUUUGGUGGAAACUCCACUAAAGCCACAUCUGGAAUCAACGGUGCCUUGACCCGUACGCAAGUCGACCACAAGAUUCAAGACAGCGUGAAACAAUUCUACGACGACACAUUGAAGUCCGCCCGUGACAAGGCGAGACCAGAUCUCAUCAAGGUUCUUACAUACAAGUCUGCUGCCGCCGUCGAGUGGUUGCAAGAUGUCUUCAACCUUGAUCUGACCCUUGUUUCGCGACUAGGCGGCCACUCCCAACCAAGAACUCACAGAGGUCAUGAUGCCAAAUUCCCUGGUAUGGCCAUCACCUACGCCCUCAUGCAGAGGUUGGAAGACCUCGCCGAAAACGAGCCGGAACGAGUCCAGAUCAUCAAGAAGGCCCGCGUCACCGGCCUCAACAAGGACGGCAACAAUGUCACUGGUAUUACAUACGAAUACAAUGGAGAAAGCCAAAGUCUUGAUGGCCCAGUUAUCUUGGCAACUGGUGGUUAUGCUGCUGAUUUCGGCGAGGGUUCUUUGUUGAAGGAGCACCGACCCGACACCUUUGGUCUUGCUACCACCAACGGUUCACACGCCACUGGUGACGGCCAGAAGAUGGUCAUGGCUAUUGGUGGAAACGGCAUCGACAUGGACAAGGUUCAGGUUCACCCUACUGGUCUCGUUGACCCCAAGGACCCUGGAUCCAAGUGGAAGUUUUUGGCUGCUGAGGCUCUCCGUGGUGAGGGUGGUCUACUUCUCAACGCCGACGGUGACCGAUUCUGCGACGAGCUUGGCCACAGAGAUUACGUCUCCGGCAUGAUGUGGAAGGAGAAGGACAACGGCAAGUUCCCAAUUCGCCUUAUCCUGAACUCGAAAGCUUCAAACACCCUGGACUUCCAUACUCGCCACUACUCUGGCCGUGGUCUGAUGAAGAAGAUGACUGGCAAGGAGCUCGCCAAGGAGAUUGGCUGCUCGCCCGACCACCUUCAAAGCACUUUCAAGACCUAUAACGCCAUUGCCGAUGGCAAGCAAAAGGACCCAUGGGGCAAGAAGUUCUUCCACAACUUGCCAGUUGAUAUUGAUGACGACUUCCAUGUCGCGGUAAUGGAGCCGGUUCUCCACUUCACCAUGGGUGGUAUUGAGAUCAACGACAAGGCCCAGGUCUUGAACAAAGACCUGAAGCCAUUCGACGGCCUCUUCGCCUGCGGUGAGUUGGCCGGUGGUGUUCACGGUGCCAACCGUCUCGGAGGUUCGUCCCUGCUUGGUUGUGUCGUUUAUGGUCGUGUUGCCGGUGACACAGCAAGCAACUAUCUGUUCCAACAAGCACUCAACAACACUGCCGCAGGUGGUGCCGCAGCCCGUCUGGGUCAGAUCUCUCUGCACAUUGAUCCGUCACAGCCCGGUAAGGUCUCAGUAGAAUGGGGCAACGGUGCUUCAGGCUCGUCAACAAACGUCGGCAACACCACCGCAACCGGCCCCACUCCUAAGGCCGAUGCUGGCAAGUCUUCUGAGAAUGCCUCCAAGCCUCAGAGCGCCAAGAAAUUCGAAGUCCCUGAAAAGGAAUUUACCUUGGAGGAAGUCGCCAAGCACAACACAAAGGAGGAUCUAUGGGUCGUCGUCAAAGGUGUUGUCAUGGAUCUCUCGAACUGGUUGGAGGAGCAUCCCGGUGGUCCACAGGCUAUCAUGAACUUCAUGGGCCGUGAUGCCACGGAGGAGUUUGAGAUGUUGCACGACGACGAGGUCAUUCCCAAGUACGCCCCUCAACAGGUGAUAGGGCGGGUGAAGGGGCAGGAAGUUACACUUGAGAUCUAA